GCCGGAGCUGGAGCCCGCGUCCGGCGCAUUGGCUCUGUCAGGAGCGAGCGCAUCCUCGUGCCCGCCGCCGGUCUCUUUCCUCCGUCGCUGUCGCCGCCGCCGCCGCCGCUGCCGCCGCCGCCGCCGCGGCCGCCUAGUCCCCGCCGCUGCUGCCGCCCCCGCCCCCGGGGCAUGGCCUGUUUGAUGGCCGCUUUCUCGGUCGGCACCGCCAUGAAUGCCAGCAGUUACACUGCAGCGAUGACGGAGCCCAAGUCGGUGUGCGUCUCGGUGGACGAGGUGGUCUCGGGCAACCUGGAGACCACCGAGAAGGACCUGCUCAACGGGCACCUGAAAAAAGUGGACAACAACCUCACGGAGGCGCAGCGGUUGUCCUCCUUGCCUCGGAGGGCGGCUGUCAACAUUGAAUUCAAGGACCUUUCGUACUCCGUUCCGGAGGGACCGUGGUGGAGAAAAAAAGGGUACAAGACCCUCCUGAAAGGCAUUUCCGGGAAAUUCAACAGCGGGGAGCUGGUGGCCAUCAUGGGCCCUUCCGGGGCCGGGAAGUCCACGCUCAUGAACAUCCUGGCCGGGUACAGGGAGACCGGCAUGAAGGGGGCCAUCCUCAUCAACGGCAUGCCGCGGGACCUGCGCUGCUUCCGGAAGGUGUCCUGCUACAUCAUGCAGGACGACAUGCUGCUGCCGCACCUCACCGUGCAGGAAGCCAUGAUGGUGUCCGCACAUCUGAAGCUGCAGGAGAAAGACGAGGGCAGAAGGGAGAUGGUCAAGGAGAUCCUGACGGCUCUGGGCUUGCUGUCUUGUGCCAACACGCGGACCGGAAGCCUCUCGGGCGGGCAGCGCAAGCGCCUGGCCAUCGCGCUGGAGCUGGUGAACAACCCUCCCGUCAUGUUCUUCGAUGAGCCAACCAGUGGCCUGGACAGCGCCUCCUGCUUCCAGGUGGUGUCCCUGAUGAAGGGGCUGGCUCAAGGAGGGCGGUCCAUCAUCUGCACCAUCCACCAGCCCAGCGCCAAGCUCUUCGAGCUGUUCGACCAGCUGUAUGUCCUCAGUCAAGGACAAUGUGUGUACCGGGGGAAAGUCUCCAAUCUUGUACCAUACCUGAGGGAUUUGGGCCUGAACUGCCCCACCUACCACAACCCGGCUGACUUUAUCAUGGAGGUGGCGUCCGGCGAGUACGGCGAUCAGAACGGGCGCCUGGUGAGAGCCGUCCGCGAGGGCGUGUGCGACUCGGACUACCGGAAAGAGCCCGGGGGGGAUGCCGAGGUGAACCCUUUCCUUUGGCACCGGCCCUCUGAAGAGGUAAAGCAGGCAAAACGAUUGAAGGGGCCGAGAAAGGACUCCACGUCCACGGAGGGCUGUCACAGCUUCUCCGCCAGCUGCCUCACGCAGUUCUGCAUCCUCUUCAAAAGGACGUUCCUGAGCAUCAUGAGGGACUCGGUCUUGACACACCUGCGGAUCACCUCGCACAUCGGCAUCGGCCUCCUCAUCGGCCUGCUCUACCUGGGCAUCGGGAACGAAGCCAAGAAGGUCCUGAGCAACUCCGGCUUCCUCUUCUUCUCCAUGCUCUUCCUCAUGUUCGCAGCCCUCAUGCCCACCGUGCUCACGUUUCCCCUGGAGAUGGGAGUGUUUCUCCGGGAACACCUGAACUACUGGUACAGCCUGAAGGCCUACUACCUGGCCAAGACCAUGGCCGACGUCCCCUUCCAGAUCAUGUUCCCGGUGGCCUACUGCAGCAUCGUGUACUGGAUGACGUCACAGCCGUCCGACGCCGUGCGGUUCGUCCUGUUUGCCGCCCUGGGCACCAUGACCUCGCUGGUGGCGCAGUCCCUGGGCCUCCUGAUCGGAGCCGCGUCCACGUCCCUGCAGGUGGCCACCUUUGUGGGCCCCGUGACGGCCAUCCCCGUCCUCCUCUUCUCCGGGUUUUUCGUCAGCUUCGACACCAUCCCCACCUACCUGCAGUGGAUGUCCUACAUCUCCUACGUCAGGUACGGCUUUGAAGGGGUCAUCCUGUCCAUCUACGGCCUGGACCGCGAGGACCUGCACUGCGACAUCGACGAGACCUGCCACUUCCAGAAGUCGGAGGCCAUCCUGCGGGAGCUGGACGUGGAGAACGCCAAGCUCUACCUGGACUUCAUCGUGCUGGGCAUCUUCUUCAUCUCGCUGCGCCUCGUAGCCUACUUCGUCCUCAGGUACAAGAUCCGGGCCGAGAGGUAGAGCGCCGGGACGCCGCCGGAAGAGAGGAAACAUGGACACGGCCGCCGGGGCAACCCGUGGGACCGCGGCGGCGGCCGGCCUGUGCCCGAGGACGCAGGGACGACUGUGACCCAACCCCCGGCCACCGCGUCUGGUUGGUCCGUGGGUGCCAAGCGUCCGACGGCUCUGCCCAGUGGGGCCGGGCCUUCUCUCCAUCACCCUUUCCAGCUUACACUAGGAAGACGAUGUAGAAAGGAUGAUCUCCACACGCAGAAUCUCAGACUCCCAGAGCUGGGGCAGAGCUGACGCCUGCAACCCUGCCGGUGGCAGGAGGCCCCUCCGCUGGGCACCGCGCAGUCGCGUCCUGGGGGAGAAUGGCAGAGAGGGAAGUGGCCCCGUUUUACAACUUGGUUUUUUUUUUUCGUAGUUUCUGUCUUUCUACAGUUUGUCUCUUUUUGCAACGAGAAGUCGUUUUCCAAGCCAAAAGUUGAUGAAUUGCGUUCCUAUUUAAGAAACUGUAUCUUUCUAGUACUUGUUGAAGAGCGUUGUUCGGGGUGAGCUGGCCUCAUGGAUGAACUUGGGAAGGGUGCCCACGCGGGUUCCAGGCUGAGAGGAGACUUUGGAACUGUGCGGCCCACGACGCCGUGCGGAAAUUUUGAAAAGUCAAACGAAAAGUUAGGCGAAAUUGGCCAAGUCUUUUCAAGUAUUUUAUUUUCUCUUUGCUUCUUAUUUUAAGCAAAAUAUAUUGUUUCUUUCUUCUUAA